AUGGAUUUAUUAACGGAUAAUCAAAGCCAACCACUCAGUGACAACACCGUGAGAGUGCCAGCUAAACUUUUGCUGGGGGUGGGGGUGGAUAACUUCAUUUCCCUUCUUGUGUUUGGGCUCAUUUUCAUCCUCGGCGUGCUUGGCAACACGCUGGUGAUCACGGUGCUGGCGCGCAGCAAGCCCGGCCAGCCGAGGAGCACCACCAACAUCUUCAUCCUCAACCUGAGCGUGGCGGACCUGUCCUACCUCCUCUUCUGCGUCCCGUUCCAGUCCACCAUCUACAUGCUGCCGACCUGGGUCCUCGGGGCGUUCAUCUGCAAGUUCAUCCACUACUUCUUCACUGUCUCCAUGCUGGUGAGCAUCUUCACCCUGUCCGCAAUGUCAGUGGACCGCUACGUGGCCAUCGUCCACGCCAGGAAGUCCUCGUCCAUCCGGGUGGCGAGGCAUGCCCUACUGGGAGUGCUGCUGAUCUGGGUGCUGUCUCUGGCCAUGGCAGCGCCUGUGGCUCACUACCAGAGCAUCGUGGAGAGAGAGGACAACACCACCUUCUGCUGGGAGGUUUGGCCGGACCACCAGAGGAAGGUCUACGUGCUGUGCACCUUCGUUUUUGGUUACCUCCUGCCUCUGGCUUUAAUAUCUGUCUGCUAUGCAAAGGUUUUGAACCAUUUGCACAAAAAGCUGAGGAAUGUGUCCAAAAAAUCUGAGACUUCCAAGAAGAAGACGGCCCAGACGGUCUUCGUGGUGGUCGUGGUCUUCUGUCUGUCCUGGCUGCCCCACCACAUCGUCCACCUGUGGGUCGAGUUCGGCUCCUUCCCGCUCAACCAGGCCUCCUUCGUGUUCAGGAUGGUGGCCCACUGCCUGGCCUACAGCAACUCCUCCGUCAACCCCAUCAUUUACGCCUUCCUGUCGGAGAACUUCAGGAAGUCCUACAGGCAGGUGUUCUGGUGCCGGGCGCCCAGCGAGUGUCCGCUCAACGACACGCGGGAGCUUCGCAGCAAAAUGGAGACCGGACCCUCUAUUAACAUCAGCGUAAGUUACAAGGGUCAUGACGCUCAGUUCAGUAAGAUGCUAUGA